AUGCUUUCAACCCAGUUGGGCGGCCUGGCCACCCAGUGGCCUGCGCCAGCGCAUGCGGGACUGGAGCUGAAGACCUUUGGCUCUGGAGGCUUCAAGGAGUACACUGUGGCAGACGCCUUCCAGGUGUCCAUGCCAGACAAUUUCAAGGUCAUUGAAGAACAGCCUUUGAAGACCAUCUGGCAGGGCGACAGGUCUGGUGAGCUGAACACCAUGAUUGCGCAGGCCAAGGUGGUGGAAGCGGACACCCUAGAGAAGGCUUUGGGCAUGGAUGGCCUUGAUCUCAAGGACAUUGGCGAAAAGCUUUCAGAUAAGAGGCCUUUCGGUGGCUCCGACUUUAUGGGCGUGCAAAAGUUAGACGGUGUUGACGCUUAUCGCUUCGAGUUUGUCAACGACAAGAUCCAUGAGUAUAUCCUCUAUGCUUUGCUGAAUUCGGGUUCACAGAAGCUACUGUGCUCUGUGAUUGUCCGUGCUCCAGGUUUGCUCUGGCAGAACAAUAACCGCUUUCAAACUCUGGCCAAGAUCAUUGACAGCUUCAAACCAAAAGCUUAG